CGUGCCUUCAUGCUCAGAAAUCAGAAUAAUGCACACUUCCACUUUCCAGCACGUAAUUUCCCAAAACCUAUUUAUCCACGACACGCAAAGCAUUAUAAUUUAUAAUAAACGAAAUCGCUAACUGAAAAAAAAUCAUUGGCACAAUGAGAAAGCAAAUACUACAAAUUAAUUCACCAACAGUUAUUUGUUUGGUGCUGUUAUUAUUCGCCACUGAAACUGGAAUUAUUUACCGAUUUGCCCAUGGAGCUCAACGGAGAAUCCAAAUCUCCGACGAUCUCGACGACGUCGUUGACGAUGAGGAAGAUGAAGCUUGGAGAGAAUGGGGCCGAAAGAAAUCGGCCGAAUCCGAUUUCGAUCCGCCGCAGAUGGAUUUUAGCACAAUGAGUCCGUCGGCAAUUCAAUCGGAAAUGAUGAAGCAGCAGUCGGGUCCGGUUUUUGGAUUUGUCAAACUACGACUUGGAACUCGUCGGACUCCGGAGAAGGUCUCUGAAAUAGCCAUGAAAUGGACAAAACUAGCAAGAACUGGAGCAAUUGAGGCAAAAUUCAUGGGCGUCGAUGUGAGCACGAUCAUGUUCACAAUGGAGAAAGGCCAAGAUACUAUAGAGUUGAAAGAGUUCUUGUUAAGCCAACCAGAAGCAUAUGAGGUUAAAUUAGGGGACCAACUUUUUCGAAGACCAGGGGAUCCUCCUUUUGAAGAAGCAUUUGAGAAGAUCCAGACUGAGAAAAGUAAACUGGAUCAUACCAGCUCAAAAGAGAAGAAUAGGCAUAAUGAGUUGUAAUAACCAGAAAAAAUCUAAUCCACAACUAAUUUUGAUCAAUUAUAUUCUAAGGUGUAUUAUCAGAAGGCAGGUGUACAUGGCUGGCAUCUUACACAAUCUCCUCCUCUGUGAGUUUACAAUUUGUGCUCUAUUUGAAAAGUAAGCUGUAUACGUCCAUUUAUAUCAACGAAUUCUUUUGAUUUUGAUCAAUGAACAUUCUGCUGGGAAAUAUCUGUUGUUGGAGUAAUGACAUCUUAUAAGGGAGUGUAUGUUGUUCACCAA